GCUUGGAAGGAGGAGAGGAAGAAUGGGGGAAGGAGGCAAGAUAGACACAGGGAGCAGAGGCACGAUGGUGGAGAUCAACUGUCGCCUCACUCAUCUGGAAAUCUUCGAGGAAGAUUUGAACGUACCUCUGGAUGUGGCUGCCCAGCAGAAGCAGACUCUGCAGCGGAAUCUGGAGAGGGCGCCUGCACCUUUUGUGAUUGGCUCCAUUAACCAGGUGAAUGAGAAGCUGCAGCAUUUGAGCGGAACGUUCCUGGCACAUCCUGCUGCUCUGUUGGUUGAGACACGGGCCAGAGACGGUGCAUUUCCACCCAGGAUACGGCCAGAAAAAACUGUGCAGGAUUUUCUUGAGGUUCAAGAAGAGAAAAAGACAAAGAGCAAGCAUUCAGAUGAGAAGCCCAAAUUGCUGGAACUUCAACAUUACCCAGGGUUCAGCGCAUUGCAGCCCACCCCCUUGCCCAAUGAGACUUCACUGGACCAGAUCCUGGAUAAUGUGCUGAAAGCUCGUGGUCAUUUGAAGAAACAGACCGGCUACAUUGCUGAGUUUCGGCAGAUGCUCAGCUCCACAGUGGUGCAGGACAUCCUCCUAGACAGCUUCUGGUGGUUUUUCCUGCGUGAGCAGAAGACCCACAGCUCUGUGCAGUGCCGACUGUUCGAUCGGAUAUCCAAGAAUUACGUGCAGCUGAUCAUGAAAAGCUGGAGCUGGUCCUUUGGUGACCGUUUCCUUCAGGAGUUUCCCAGCACUCUCAGUCAAGCUGUGUACACCAGUUUCUGCUGCAGCUUCCCCCAGUCCUGGAUUCAGUUCCACAACAAUGACUUCAAAGCUAAAGUGUGCGAUGUUGUCUACCGUUGGUUUGGAGGCAUUCGUCCAACCCCGAAAAUAUUUAAGAACUGGAACUGUGAUGCUUUACUGUCACAAGAAGUUAAAGACGCAAUGUCACGCACAGCACAGGAUGGAGAGCAAAAUAAGAAAGGUUAUAAAAGGUAGACCCCACCCUGUGAGGAGGGGCAGUUCGUGGCUGGAUUUGCCAGGUUGACUUCAUGCCACUGCGUGUUUGAAGUGAUGACGCAGUUUAGUUGAAGGAUGAAGUUUUUAUUUAAUGCCUAAAGUUUAAAAGGUCAUUGCCAGCAGGUUCUUUAUGAUUCUGUUAGUUUGAGAAUUAGAGGAGAGUGAAGAUUCAAAGUUGGAAGUUAAAGAUUUCGUUGACUAUCUUCGUGUUAAUCCCUGGGUUUACCAGAAAGGAUUGAGGAUAGUGAGGAAGGAAAGGUCAGUGCCUUUAAGCCGUUCUGUUUCGUAAAUUCUUCGUGGGAAGUUCGACGUCGGGGAUCGAAGCAAGCGACGUGAAAGAGAACCUAAAUCGUCCUGUAAAGUCUCUCCUUUUAAAUGGACUGUGAGCAUAUCGAACUUUUGGCAAUAUCACUUUAAGAACUGUUUUGGAAUACCACUUUUAAGAACUGUUUUGGAAUACCACUUUAAAGAACUGUUUUGGAAUAUCACUUUAAGAACUGUUUGAACAGCCGCUCAGCAGCUGUUUCCGGUUACGGUAGUGUUUGUUUACUUUUGGGGGGUUUGUUUUCUGUGUUUAAUAAACGUGUUGUUGGUUAUAAGAAACCCUUGCCGAACUCAUAUAUUUAUUGUUGCCUGAAUACGUAACACUUGCAAAUGGUUCUAAACAGAAAUUAAUACAGAUAUUGCUGGAAAUACUCAGCAGGUUGGGCAGCAUAGCAAGAGAACCAGACUCACGCAGAUUGUAAGCUGCGAGCGGAAUUCGAGCAUACAGGGCUGAAAUGGCUAACACAAGGGGGCAUAGUUUGAAGGUGCUUGGAAGUAGGUAUGGGGGGAAUGUCAGAGGUAUGUUUUUCACACAGAGAGUGGUGGGUGAAUGGAAUGCACUGUCAGCGAUGGUGGUAGAGGAUCUUUUAUGAGACUCUUAGAUAGGUACAUGGAGCUUAGAAAAAUAGAGGGCUAUGUGAUAGGGAAAUUCUAGGCAGUUUCUAGAGUAGGUUACAUGGUCGACACAACAUUGUGGGCCGAAGGGCCUGUAAUGUGCUGUAGAUUUGUAUGUUCUAUAUGCACAUCAAGUCAGCUCUGAUUUUUUUUCCAACUGGAUUCUCCCUCCUACUCUCUAUUACCCUUAGCUCCCUUACCAAUUGAUAAUCUGCUAACCUCUGCCUUAAAUACACCCAACUGGCCUCCAUAGUCCCCUUGGCAACCAAUUCCACAGUUUCACCACUCUCUUAGCUUUUGAAAUCCCUCAUUUCAGUUUUAAAGGGUUGUCCCUUUAUUCUGAGACUGUGCCCUUAGAUCCAAAACUCUCCUGAUGAUAGAGACAGCUUCUCCACAUCCAUUCUAUCCCGGCCCUUCAGGUCCCAGCAGGUUUCAAUGAGAUUCACCCCCUCCCCCUGCCCCAUCCUUCUUAACGCCAUCAACUAUAGGCUUGGAAGUAUCAAACACUCCUCUUCUUAAGCCCUUCAUUCCCGUGAACCUCCUCUGGUUCCUCUCCAGCACCAACACAAUAUCCCAAAUGAGCUCUGUCCAACGUUUUAUGAAGCCUCAGCAGUGCAUCAUGGUUUUUACCUUUUUGUUCCUCUUAAAAUGAAUGCUAACAUUGCAUUUACGUUCUUUACUACCGACUCAACGUGUAAAUUAAUCUUGAGGAAAUCCCAGAUUAGGACUCUCAAGUCCCUUUGCACCACUGAUUUGUGAUUUUGCUCCCCAUUUAGAAAAUAGUCUGCUUUUGUAUAUUUCCUACCAAAGUGCAAAAUGCCACACUUCCCCCCCAGACUGUAUUCCAUCUUCCACUUCAUUGCACACUCGCCUAACCUGUCGAAGUCCUUCUGCAGACGUCCUACCUCCACAACACUACCAGUAUCUUGGUAUGGUUUGCAGAUAUAGCCACAUUACCAUCAGUUCCAUGGUCCAAAUCAUUAAUGUAUAAAGUUAAAUGUUGUGGUCCCAACACUGGCCCAUACAGAAUCCCACUAGUCACUGUACUCACAAAGGGACCCCCUUAUCUGCACUCUCUGCCUUCUGCUGGUCAGCUAAUCUUCUGUCCAUUUUCAUAAAUUACCUCAAACACCAUGGGAUGUUUAACAUGAUAAGAGGUUUGAGUAGAGGGCAUGAUCAUUAAUCUGAAGUGUUAACCUGGUUCUUCUGUUAUGAGACGCUCCCAGCCAUGCCUGCUUCUGGGAUUUAGAUGGUUUAACUCUCCAGAGUAUGGAUAUCUGGCACAGUCCCUUUGAGGGUUCAGGGCGGUCUCACAAAUUGGCAGUUGUGAUUUGGACACCAAGAAUGGAGUACUUAAAGAGCUCCUGAACUGAGGUUUGGUGCUCAGUUGUAAGCCUAAGUUGAUAGCGUCUAGCAUUUAUUUUGUACUCAGUUCUCAAUCCUUGCUUUGGAUACUCCAGCAUUUGGGUCCUAACCAUCCUUGUCAUCUGCCGAGUAUAUACAGCAUAUUUCUAUUUUUUGUUUCUGGCUUCAUUGAAGAUUUCUUCUUGACAAAAUCCUUAUCAUAACCAAGACCCUGUUUGCCAGUGAGUACCUGUACUGGAACUUUUGGACCAGAGACAUGGUAAGCUCUAGGGUGCAGAUCUUCAGUACUGCACCCACAGCAUCACACGCAGAAUUCAGUCUCAAAUUCACCAAUGUCAGGUAUCUCUUUCUUUCUUUCUGGAUCAGAACUAGUUAUUUCUGCAUGUCAUCAUUUUUUUAUUUGUAUCGUCUGGUCUGCUGGGAAAAUCCCACUAUUUAUCCUUACACAAUCCAUAAACAAAGGACCAUAACCUGCCACAAUUUAUCAUUUGGCCUGAUCUGGGGAGUUCCCUUUGCUCUACACAACUCUCCCCCACCCAUGCUGUUGCAGAAAUUUUAUCUCUUCCCAGAUCUGAAGAAGGGUGCAGGACUUGAAGCAUCAGUUGUCUCUUUCCAUUAGAUACUGCCUGACCUGCUGAGUGAUUCCAAUGUUUUCUGCUUUUAUUUAAGAUAUCCAGCAUCUGCAGGUUUUUUUUUGUUUGAUUUUCGUUAUUGGGAUCAUGAUUUGCCCCAGCAGGAACGAGGAUGGAGGUGUUUUGGUGCUUAUUUGUGAGCAGUUUAAUUGUCCACCGCCCUUCACCUCUGGUUGUGAUAGGACUGCAGAGCUUUUGGUUGUGGAAUUGUCUAGCUCGUGCUAUUUCACAUUGUGAUCUCUGUUCAGCACUUGCAUGUUACAGCAUCACUGGGCACGCAGCUCAUCAUUUUUAGGUAUUUCUAGUGUUGUUGCCGUCACCAUACAUUAAACCAUCACCUUCUGCUUCCUACCAUAAAACCCAUUUGUGUCCACCUAGCUACAUAGCUCCUCCUGGAUCCCAUGCCGUUUGAUCGUCCAGACUUGCCUUCCAUCUGAGACCUCGUCAAAGACCUUGCUCAGUCCAUAUAGAAACCAAGCUAGGGCUCUUCUCUUUGGAGUGAAGAAGGAUGAGAGGAGACUUGAUAUAGAUCCACAAGAUCAACAGAGUGGAUAGCAGGCACCUUAUUCUGAAGGAAGAAAUGGCUAAUGCAAGAGGGCAUAUUUUUAAGAUGAUGUUGGAAGCCAUUGUUUUUUUAGUAACUGUUUUUAUAAGAGUGGUACUUUUUAACAAGCUCAUGUACGUGGUGGUUCAUCCCCACUCACUGGCAGAAAGUGGUAAAGCAGCUAAACUAACGGUUUCUAACCUUUCUCAUUUUUCAUUGGCUAAUUACCAGCACAUCACCCAUGUGGUGUAAUUGUUUUAAUUAUAUAGCCUAUUAAUUAGUUUAUUCUCUAUCAAAGGAAUUUCCCUUAUUUUAUCUAUAAAAGUGAAGGAUUUUUCAGAGGUGCCAUCUUGGCUUCAUUAUUCCUUUGUCUUCGUGCCCAUACACCUCCUGGCGUCAUUUCUUGGCUCUUUACUUAAGUUGCUUAGUGUUUGUAUGCUUGUUUGCACUCUAACUUAAACCAAAAUCAUGGAAUUAAGACUACUCAUCAUUUCUGAACCCCAAGGAUCAGAAAAUAAAUGGAGAUCCAACAGUGAUGAGGAGAAAGUUUAGGGGUAUAUCAGAGGUAGGUUAUUUUACACAGAGAGUGGUAAGUCUGUGGAAUGCACCACCUGGGCUGGUGGUAGAGGCUGAUACAUUAGGGGGUUUCAGGAGACUCUUAGAUAGGCACAUGGAUGAAAGGAAAAAUGGAGGCCUACGUUGGAGGGGAGUGUUAGAUUGAUCUUGGAAUCGGUUAACAUGUCGACACAACAUUGUGGGCCAAAGGGCCUGUAGUGUGUUUACUGUCCUGUGUUCUAAGAUGCCCAUCAUCCUGCCCUUGUCAGUUGUAUUCAAAACAAAAUAUCCACAUGGACCAGACUGGCUAAGGUCGGCAGACUUCCUUGCCUGAUAGGCUUUUAAUUAACCAGAAAGUCAUAUCAUGGUCAUCACUGCUGAGAGUACAGGCAGUCCUCGCCUUAACCUUGUUUAUUCAUUAUUGCUUCACUCGUCAUUGCCUAAACUGAAUCCAUCAGCACUCACCUUGCCUGGUAUUGAUGAGCAAUGGUGUCAUCUAUUCAGUCAUUGUCCUGAGUGUAGAGCAACCCCAAACCUGAAAACUGCAAAGGUAAGUGCUUUAUUCACGCUCUAUUCUUCAUCCAAACCACUACCCUCUGUCACUUAUCUGCCCCCUCCUACCCACCCCACACGGUCACCACUUGCUAGCACUGGCCUGUCUCUUGGCUUAACCUUCAGCCUAGAAAAGGGAUUCACGAUGUUGUUCCGAUUCAUGUCACACUUUCUGGGAAUGUAAUUCGGUGUCAGAUAAUGGAUUAUUAAUUUGACAGGGAAAGCGGCGGUGAGCUGCAGAAGGCUGUAGUAAGGAGAGAGAGGGGUGAAAGGGAGAAGCAGAGUGGGAAGAAAGUGAUGAGGAGAAGGAGUAUGAUGAGGUGGGUGGUAUGUGCAGGCAGUUUUCACAGUGGGGGGUACAACAGAGCAUUGAUGUGGGAAUGGGACUGUGAUGAGAGACUUAGGCGAGGAUGUUAAUGACCUAAGUACUGGAGUACCCUAGACACGAAUUCGAGACUGAGAUGUAAAAAAAGGUACUUGACCAGAUGCUAGACAAGGAUCCUAACAAGACAGAAAUUCUAAAUGCAAUCGCAGACCAAACCAAGGUUGAGCGGACGAUUCAGCACCAAACCUGAGUUCAGGUGCUCUUUAAUUAUCCAAAUCCUGGCACCAAAACAUGGCCGCCAAUUAACAGAGCAGCCAGAAUCUUUGAAGGGACUACACCAGCUAUCCUUGCUCCGGAAGAUCAGAGCGUCUGAACCCCGGAUGCUGGCACGGUUGGGGUGUACCAUACAGUCAACAGGAAGUUAUAACAGAGAGAAUGGAAGAUGGGGUGAAAUCUCAAUAUGAAAUGUCUUGUAUGAAUUUUGGGUUGCUUUUCUACCCCCUACUUCUUUAAUACCAGGUUGUAGGUUGGGUUGUUUGAACUGGUGUGGGUGUCAUCCAGAGAGAGACAUAGUGGCUUCAGUGAAUGGAUUUAUCUAUU